AUGAUUGAACAAAAAGAAAUAGAUUUAAAUAAACCGUUAGAUGCAGAUAAACCAGCAACUCUUGAAAAAUCAACAUUAACUCCAGCAUUAACAAAAGCAUCAUUAAUAUUACAUGGAGAUUAUUAUAAGCAAUCGCAAUCUAAUUUAUCAAAAUUUGUAUUUUGGCAUCCUAUAUCGAUAUUGGUAUAUACUACAUUAGUUCCAUUAGUGUUUGGAUUUGUAUUAUGGGAUUAUUUAUCAAUAAGUGAAAAUUUAGUUGAAUUCUAUACUAUUGCAAGUAAGAAUAGAAAUGAUUUUAUUUUUAAUAUAUUGAGAGGUGCUCCAAUUGUUGCUUCUAUUUUCGCAAGUUUUGCAUUCAUUGGAUAUAUUUUAGGUGAUGAUGUUGGAGCAAUUGCAACAAAUUUUAUUAGUAAGAACUAUUGUAAUUCCGUUUAUGGAUUUGAUGUAACUGAAUUUGUUAAAGAGAAAAGUAAAGCCAAAGUUUUGAAAAAUGGUGAAAACACUAAUAUAAUCAGUUACAGAGAUCAACCAAUAGCUAUAAUAACAUUAGUACCAGAUUUGAAACAAUCUACACCUGAAAAUUUUGUGGUUAAAAUUACUGGAAUACAUGUACGUAAAGUUUUCCAAAAAGUUGAUUUUGAUAAUUUAUUAAUUGAAUGGGCCGUGGUAAGGUCAAGAGAAUUGUAUCAAGAAUAUUUAAAAGAUUCUAAGACCAAUGUUAAAAAGGGAUCAAUUUUAAUUACUGCUGAUUGUUAUUCAUUUAAUAAAAAAUUAGCAAGAGCUUUACAAAUUCAUGGGUUUCAAAUCUUGGAUAAAUCUUUUGAGUUAAAUCCAUUUGAAGAUACUGCUAAAAGUUAUGAAAAAUUAAUACAUAAAAUUUUGGGAGCUAGUUUAGAUACUUAUGGUAUAAUAUUAUCAACAGAUGAAGAAGAUUAUGAAUUACUCAAGAAUUCAGAAUUAUUGGAACAUAAUUUAUCAACUUCAACAUCAUCAUCUAAGGAAGCAAUUGCUAAAAGGAGAAGAUAG